UCGUCCACUGAAUGGCGUUACCAUGGUAUCAGCGCCCAGAUGCGAAUCUGACAAAAAUUGGGUGGUUCUUCUGUUCGUAUGUUAAUUUGACAAUCAAAAGUCACUCAAAUGUAAGAAGGAGCUCUGAUAAGUGUCCAGAUUAAAUAAAUUUUGGUUUGGUUGGGAGUCUCGAGAGUGAGAUUGAACAUUGAGAUUAAUUCUAAUUUGAAAAAGUAAAACUGUCGAAAUGGCAGCGAUGAAGCAUAGAGCAGGACAAUAUUCAGCGGAGAAAAGUUCUCAGAAAUAUCUGAAGACAAUUGGGUUUACUUUAGGAAAAACCAUAGGUAAAGGGACUUACAGCAAAGUUUGCCUCGCUACUAACGAAAAUCAGAAACUGGCAUGUAAAAUAAUAAACAGGAGAAAUGCUGGACAGGAAUUUAUCGAGAAAUUUUUACCCAGGGAACUGAAGAUAUUGCGCAGUAUAAAGCAUCCUCAUAUUGUUACGAUUUACCAUAUUCUAGAUAUAAAUAAUAUUGUUCAUAUUUUUAUGGAUUUUUGUAAAAAUGGCGAUCUACUGGAGUAUAUAAAAAAUUAUGGACCCCUCAGUGAAACUAAGGCUAAGAUGUUCUUCAGGCAGAUUACUUCGGCAGUGGAAUAUUUACAUAAGCAUAAUCUAGCACACAGGGAUUUAAAAUGCGAAAAUAUUCUCCUCACGUCCGCCAACAAAAUAAAAAUAGCAGAUUUUGGAUUCGCGCGGUUCACGGUAAAUGAAGAGGGAGAAUCCAUCCUGUCGAAGACUUUUUGCGGAUCAGCAGCUUACGCCGCACCUGAAAUAUUACAGGGGAUUGCUUAUGAUCCUAAAAAGAUCGACAUAUGGGCGCUUGGUUGUAUAUUAUACAUAAUGAUGUCAGCAACCAUGCCCUUUGACGACUCCAAUAUCAAGAAAAUGGUCAAGGCCCAACAGAAUCGUGCCAUAAACACCUUCAUGAAGUUCAACUGGGAAACGUCUCUUUCUCUCAAAGAAUUGAUGGGAAACAUCCUAGAGCCAGAAGUUUCAGAGAGGGCCGAUAUAGAAGACAUCAGAUACUCGGCAUGGUUAUUGAGAGAAAACUACCACGGGGAUAAGGAAUCCACAAAGCAGAAAUCUUUGUCGAUGCUCCAAGUAAUGAUGUAAUUGACAACCCCGUAUUUUUCUUCCAAGCGAAAAUAUACAGCAAUUUUUCAAUUA